CUGGGUAGUGAACAAGUGUUGAAAGGACAUUGCAGAUAUUAUUGAUGCAGUAACACCGCCGUGAGACAUGAGACUGCCGCUGUUGUUUGCAGGGUUGGUGCUGAAUGUGUUGCUGUCAGGAGUACACGGGGUACGCGCCGAUAUAACAAGUCCACCUUGUGACGUCAGUGACCAUCUGCACGAGUGCUUGUGCUCGUACCCAGAGUACCAUGUGCGGCGCAUGCGCAGGUCACUGUGGGUGUCAACUACCGUGUGGGACCUGUCUCCUUCUAGCGGCCGCGCACGCGCACUGAAGAAGUUGCAGCGGUAUCUACAUGGUCAUAACAACCAAGGUGUGACGAUCCCGAGGGAAUGGCCGCUGACAACGCAGACGUACGUUCCGACCGGCUUGCUGCGAGAGGUCACGGUGGCCCUGCCCCUCCCCCGGGAGGAGUGGAUCAGUCCACCUGUACCGGAGGACCCCACGGUUGUCCUGGACGUUGUUCCGGAGACCGUCCUGUACGUGAAGUCCUUCCGGAGAAGAGGAGACCUGGGGUUCUCCGCCCAGCGGGAGGCUCAGAAAUUGCUCCAUCUUCUCAUCGCCAAUAAGGAGCCGAUAGUGCGGAGGGAUGACUAUUACUACAUCCUUCAACACGGCGGCGACGGCAGUACAUUGCGGGAACGCUAUGAGGUUGCCAUCUUCGCCACAAACGCGGUGCUGGACGAGUUCUACCGAGGAACGGACGGCCCGGGGGAACGACUCCUCCGACUGCCCAGAUGCCUUCGCGGCAACGACAGUUUGUGGUCGUCAGGGGGCGCUUCAGUCCACGCGGACUUGGUGAGACGGUACUGCGGCACGACGUUUUGCUACGGUCCAGAUUGUCCUACAUACACCAUACAGAGCAAAGACGGCCGCGGUGUGGAGAGGCGUUCUUACCGGACCGUCGGGCCGUUCAUGCGCACCGACCCGCUCACGUGCCAGUUCGACCGUGCCAGACAACAGGGACAGAAGAUCAUGUUCCAGAAGUUGAAAGAGGUAGGCCUGGCGUCGCCAGGGAGGAACUUUUCUCGCUUCUCGCCGGUUGUGACGGAAGUUGUUCAGGUCGGGUCGCGGGGAGGUUCGUGCAGUCGGACCUACGCCUCGUACAUGCCCGUACCCAGGGACGUCCUCACAAGAGUAAGCCAAGAGAAAACAGAAAGUUUUGUAUCUACUUGCCAAGACCUAUCCGGUUACGUGCUGUGUUUCGGCGGGCACGGCGGUACGGAGACGGCGUUCGAGGCAGGCCGGAGGCUGAGCACGGCUCUGGCCGACCGAGGGGCGUCGUUCUCUGAUGACGCCAUGGCGGUGGUGGAGUACAACGUACAGUCUCGUGUCUUUGACAGACACAACGAGGUGUUUAUGGAGACCCGGGACAGCGAGAACGGGUGCCUACACACGGACAGUUCCGGUACACAAGGCCAAAACAGCCUCGACUUUACACUUACGAAAGACUGGUUUGAAGGUGCUGAUAUCACGAGCCCUGAUCUGCAGCACCCAUGUACCAAAGCCCCCUGUCCGCACAACAAGAUCACACGAACGUUCGACCACUUCAAGGAGCACCGCUACAUGAAAACCAGGUGGGUCUGUACCAAGGAGAGGUCAUGCGAGGCCGUGUCGGGGCGGGACAAGGCGAUGGCCGGCCUGCUGUUCUACAUCAACGGCAGGAACGACGACAGAGCGACGAUAGAGAUGAUGCAGCCCGUCUUAACCAUUCACAAUGUGACUGAAGUGAGUUCGCCAGCCUGCGACAAAAUCUUCACCGUGUGUCUCUACCUGCCGACUGGUUACCAUGACAACCCUCCCAGACCCGUGGAUACACAGGUGUACAUUUCUGAGCCUGUGGAGGAGCUGGAAUUGUUCAGCCUACAUUUUAACAAUGCCAGGGUGGGCGGCUUGUCACGCGACCUGUACGUGUCUGAGUUAGCUCAUAACGUCACAGCAGAGAUGAGCUCCAUGCCGGACCGCUUCGACGUGCGGUGUGAGAAGGAAAUGAUUGCCGAGCUGCUGUUUAUGGCGACAGAAGACGAGGAGUGGCACGAGUUGGCUUUCUUCAGAAAAGUGCCGACGCAGCUGCUCCCCCAAACGGACAGCCAAGCCGAUGACGUACAUGUGCAGUAUGACGCGUGUCAGAAUGACGCGUGUUUCCUGCACGAGAAAGUGCGAGACUGGGACGGCUUCACGGAGUUCAGGUUUGACAUAGGGAAGUGGGUAUGCAUGAAAACGGCCGGAUGCGAGACGGGAAACCCACGUGACGUCUUUCUGGCGCUGACGUCAUAUUUUGGCGGGAAGAACGUGGCCGGGAGGGUGCUGGGGAACAUGAUGGCGCCUGUCGUCAUGCAGUACAAGAACAUCUCGAAGGAUGAGGAUCCGUUCCCCGGCAGCUGCCAUGAGGAGCUGGAGGCUUGCGCGCCACUGCCGAGAUAUUACCAGAGAAAGAAUGCGCCUGCCCCGACUGAGGAGGGGCUGAUGCUGAGACAGGUGGUCACGCCCAGUAUGUACAUCAUCGCGCUGAAGGGCCACAUCACCUCGGCACAACUCAGCCUCGAGCUGGAGACACUCAAGCACAAACUAGAGGAGACGGGACUACAGUUUGACAAGAGUGGCAAUUUAUUCUACACAUACGACGAACCUUUCACCGAGGUGGACCGGAGAGUGACGUACACUGGCUUCUGGAAGUUACAAACCGUGGGGUGA